UGUGAAAACUGUCUGACACCCUAUCGGUAUCGCGCGUCGUACUUGGAACACAGGCAGCAGUGCAUCAGCCAUGAUGCCCAGGUGGUGAAGACGCCUCGUCCGCAGGACAUCACCCUGCGCUUCAGAGAGUGGGGCAACCAAAUGCAUCAUGAUUUCUGCAUUUAUGCAGAUUUCGAGGCCAUUUGUGUGCCCAAUAACGCCGUUCAUCCGGAUCCAGCUGCAUCAUCAACCACAACGACAAGUCAGCACGUGCCUUGUGGAUUCUGCUAUAUCAUCGUCAAGGCUGAUGGAACCCUCCUGAAACCCCCAGUGCUCCAAUUUGGUGAAAGUGAUCUAAUUAUAAAAUUUUUAAUGUGCCUCAAAGAAGAAGUAGAGACGAUUACCGAGUUGAGGGGGGAUUUAUAUGAGCUUGAUAUGAGUGAUGAACAAGAAAAGGAGUUUCAGGCUGCCAAGGAGUGCUAUAUGUGUGGUGAUCAGAUGCCACGCUUUAAUGUUAAGAAAGUGCGCGAUCAUGACUGGUCUAAACCAACGCACAACUUUAGAGGGGCAGCAUGUCAGUAUCCAUGUAACCUUAACCUUAAGCGGAAGUCUUAUAUCCCAGUGUUUAUGCAUAAUCUUAAAAACUAUGAUGCCCAUAUGAUCUUGAAUGAAAUAGGCAAACUCAGUGAUGGGUCAGACUUGGCUGUUGUGCCUCGUACAAAAGAAAAAUAUGUUUCUUUCCAAUGGGGUCUGUUACGGUUCUUAGACAGUUUGGGAUUUCUGAACAGCAGCCUUGAUAAAUUAGUUGCCGACCUAUCUGAAGAUGAAAUGCCUCUGUUAAAAACUGUGUUCCCUGAUAAUGAUGAUAGAGCAUUGGUGAGCCGUAAAGGUGUCUAUCCUUACUCUUACUUUGAUUCGUUUGCUAAAUUUAGUGAAACUUGUCUGCCCCCUCAAAAUGCAUUUAGAAACGAUCUCACAGGGAUGGAUGUGACUCCAGAGGAUUAUCAGCAUGCUCAAAAUGUUUAUCGGCAUUUCAAAAUGUCUACAUUGCAAGAUUAUCAUAAUUUGUAUCUUUUAACGGACACCGUCCUUUUGGCUGAUUGUAUGGAGAAUUUUCGAAAAAUGUCUAUGGCGCAUUAUAAACUGGACCCUGUUCAUUACUACACUACGCCUGGUAUGGCAUUUUCGGCUAGUUUAUUGUUCACUAAGCAGCGCUUAGAGUUGUUGGAUGAUAUUGAUAUCCAUUUGACAUUUGAACGUGGUCUGAGAGGCGGAGUAGCAAGUAUCCAGGAGAGAUAUGUCCAGGCAAAUAAUAGAUAUGUUCCAGAAACUUAUUCAGAGUCGAAACCGACCUCCUUCAUUAUGUACUAUGAUGCUAACGCAUUAUACUCCACAGCUUUGUGUGCAAAGUUACCAACUGGUUCUUUCAGACAUUUAACAGCCUCUGAAAUUGAAGAGUUUGGUCCUGAAAAAAUUAAUCCUGAUUCGGAUUUGGGUUAUUUAUUUGUUGUGGAUCUGGUAUAUCCUAAAGAAUUGCACGACAAGCACAAUUUUUAUCCUUUGGCGCCAGAGCACAUGGAGCCGCAGUACAAGGACUUAUCCCGACUCCAGAAGAAAAUGAUCAGGGACUAUAACUUGCCUAAGAAGAGUACAAAAAAACUAAUACCUAAUCUAUGUGAUAAAAAGUGUUAUGUAGUGUAUGGAGACACCCUCAUGUUGUAUCUAGAACUAGGCCUAAGACUUGAAAAAAUCCACAAAAUUAUAGAGUUUGAGCAGAGUGCUUGGCUUAAGCCAUUUAUCACACACAAUAUAGAUAUGCGGAAGUUGGCGACCUCUGAUUUCCAGAAAGCUUUCUGGAAACUUAUGAAUAAUUCUGUUUUUGGCAAGACGUGCGAGGCUGUUCGUAAACGUCGAAAUGUUGUGCUAACAAAAGAGAGGCAAAAGUUUAGAAAGCUGGUACGCAGUCCCCUGUAUCACAGUUUUGAGAUAUUUAAUCAUGGGCUUGCAUGUGUCGAGCGUCGAAAGAACAAAAUUGUAUUGAACCGACCAUUGUAUGUCGGUCAGGUAUGCUUAGAUAUAUCUAAGAAAAUUAUGUAUGAUUUUUAUUAUAAUGUCCUUAAAGUUAAGUAUGGGGAAAAUAUAAAGGUUCUAGGCGGAGACACUGACUCGAUUAUCGUAGAAAUAGUUACUGAGGAUGUGUACGCUGACAUGUAUGAAAUGAGGGAGUAUUUUGAUACCUCAGACUAUCCUGUCAGUCAUCCAUUGCACAGCCUAGACAACAAAAAGGUGAUGGGAAAAUUUUCAGAUGAACUCGGUUCUGUUCCUAUUCACUCUUUUAUCGGGCUGAGGGCGAAAAUGUACAGUUUCAAGACAGUUGACAACAAGGAAAAGUCGGUAGGAAAGGGCAUCCCAAGAGCAGCCCUGAAAUCUCAAUUAACUUUCAAUGACUACAAGAAAUGUAUCACUCAGUUUGAAGGUAAAAAUGUGUCAUAUAGUAAAAUUGCCACUGACAGAAAGCAUGGCGUUUUCACAACUUACUGUGUAAAAAAAGGACUAAGCUGUUAUGAUGACAAGAGAUUUAUUCUAGAUGAUAAUAUUAGCACUCUAGCAUAUGGCCAUUAUAAGAUAAAGCAAAUGAAUGCGGUUGUAGACAGCGACGAUGAUGGAGAUGAUUGUGAAAUGAUUGACGAAGGAGAAGAGAAUCUUCAGGAUUUAAUUGCUUUAUUGGAUGAUGUGUGAAAAAGUUGUGAAAUAAAUUAUCCUCAUGUUAUGAAA